AUGGCUGACUAUGUAGCCAAGGGAUACGUUCGUAAACUAACGAAAGAGGACCUACAGCAACCACAUAAACGAGUUUGGUAUCUUCCCGUUUUUCCCGUGCGAAAUCCAAACAAACCAAGCAAACUGCGAUUGGUUUGGGAUGCUGCAGCUACUUCACACGGAAUCUCACUCAACGAUUUGCUGCUGAAAGGGCCAGACCAAUUAGCAUCACUUCUUUCUAUAUUGAUCCAUUUUCGUGAGUUCAAGGUGGCAGUCUGCGGUGACAUCCGCGAGAUGUACUUACAAGUACUUGUCAUGGAAGGUGACCAGCAAUGUUUAAGGUUCCUUUGGAAAGACCUGGAUGAGGAUGAAGAAGUCAGCGUGUAUAUCCUUCUUGUUAUGCCGUUCGGAGUUUGCUGUUCCCCAAGCAUAGCCCAAUAUGUAAAAAACACAAAUGCGAAACGUUUCGAGCAAGAUUAUCCUAAUGCAGUUCAUGCUAUCAUCAACAAGCAUUAUGUUGAUGAUAUGCUUGUAAGCGUGGAAACUGAGGAAGAAGCCAUUAUAUUGGCCAAAAAUGUCAAAAGAAUUCACAAAGCCGGUGGCUUUGAAAUGCGCAACUGGCUAUCGAAUUCGCCGAAGGUUGUAACAGCGCUCCACGAAACCGAUACUACAGAAAAAAAUCUCAGUAUUGGGAACGAAGUGACCACAGAAAAGGUCUUGGGCAUGUGGUGGGAUACAGCCAAGGACUGUUUCACAUAUAAGUUGUCAUCUCGUUUUGACACAAGUCUGUUGUCUGGCUCAAAACGUCCCACAAAGCGUGAGGUCCUUCGUCUACUCAUGAUGAUUUUCGAUCCGAUUGGGCUUAUUUCACAUUUUUUAAUGUAUCUCAAAGUCUUAUUACAAGAUAUAUGGAGGUCUUCAAUAGGAUGGGACGAUGAAAUCUUGGAACCAGAAUACUUAAAAUGGUCGGAGUGGCUUGAAGUUCUUCCUAAUGUGACAACUCUGCGAAUUCCUCGCUGCUAUCGCAUGUCAAUAUCAAUUGACGAAAAUAAUGAAGUCCAGCUGCACACAUUCGUUGAUGCCAGUGAAAAUGUAUUCGCCGCAGUAGUCUACCUCAGAUUCCAUGAAGGCAGCACAAUCGAAUGCGCCUUAGUAGGAGCAAAAACACGUGUCGCACCAUUGCGAUUCCUGUCGAUACCACGAUCUGAACUGCAAGCUGCUGUUAUAGGCACAAGACUAGCGCAUAACGUCAUGCAAGCACUAUCCAUGAAGACUAUGAAGAGAUUUUUUUGGUGUGAUUCUAAAGACGUCUUGUGGUGGCUAAAUUCAGAUCACCGUCGCUACAGUCAGUUCGUGGCUGUUCGAGUAAGCGAAAUUCUGGAGCUCACUAAUGUAGACGAAUGGCAAUAUGUCCCAUCCAAACUUAAUGUAGCGGACGAUGGAACCAAAUGGAAACGAAAACCUGAAUUGAAUGCAUCCAGCCGUUGGUUUCACGGUCCUGAGUUUUUGUGGAAUACUGAAGAGAAGUGGCCGUCGAGUUCACCACCUGCACGAACGAGCGACGAAGAAUUGCGACCUCAAUUUCUUCUGCAUUUCAUCCAAACCAAUCCUGUUAUUGAAAUGCAGAAUUUUUCACGUUGGAAACCUCUAUUACACAGAAUGGCAUACGUAUUUCGCGCUAUCGAUAACUUCCGAAAUGGUGUUUCGAAACAAACAUGUUCACGAGGCCCACUAACACAAAACGAGAUGAUCAAAGCCGAAAGUUAUUUGUAUCGUGUAGCACAAAACAGCAAAUUUUCCGACGAGAUUGCAAUCCUGGCGUCGAACAAUGUUCCUGAUAAAUCGAAGCAACAAAUCCGUAAGAGCAGCCCCUUAUUCCAUCUCUGUCCGUAUCUCGAUAGCAAUGGGCUAUUACGAGUUACAGGGCGAACAAAAGCUUGCGAGUUCAUCGAUUUUCAUACAGCCAAUCCAAUCAUCCUUCCUCGCGAUCACUAUCUGACCAAGCUAGUAGUUGCGAGCAUUCAUGAGGAAUAUAAACAUCAAAAUCAUGAAACGACGAUGAAUGAGAUCCGACAGCGCUUUUACAUUUCCCGUUUAAAAUCGGUGUACCGAUCGAUGCGAAAUGAUUGUCAGCGUUGCAAAAUUGAUCGAGCUUCCCCUCAACCCCCACUGAUGAGUGAUUUGCCGGUAGCAAGACUUGCUGCAUUUAGUCGUCCGUUUACACAUAUGGGUGUGGACUAUUUCGGUCCAAUGCUGGUGUUAGUUGGACGGCGAACCGAAAAACGUUGGGGAGUACUGGCAACGUGCCUUACAACCCGCGCCAUCCAUCUGGAAGUUGCCUGUUCGCUGACGACCGACUCGUGCAUUCUAUCUAUCCGCAACAUCAUGGCUCGCAGAGGAACUCCAUCGGCUAUUUAUAGUGAUAGAGGAACAAAUUUUCAAGGAGCCAGGAAAGACCUGAAAGAAGCGAUGAAGAAACUGGACCAAGAUAAGUUGACGGCUGAAUUCACCACUCCAAGAACCCAAUGGAGAUUCAUCACACCAGCCUCUCCUCAUAUGGGAGGAGCCUGGGAAAGGCUAGUGAGAACAGUCAAACAGAACUUAAUGAAGUUGAAGACUAACAGGUUACCCACAGAUGAGGUGUUACGAAACUUAUUUAUCGAAGUCGAAAACAUAGUCAAUUCACGACCUCUUACAGCAAUCCCACUGGAUGAUGAUGAAUCUCCAGUAUUAACUCCAAAUUACUUUUUAAUUGGAUCUUCAAACGGCUUGCGAUCCUGGGUCCCCUUCGAUGACAAUCCAUCCUCGUUAAAACAGAACUGGCGACUUUCUCAAGAAAUAGCUAAUGCGUUUUGGAAAUCAUGGCUUCGUGACUACCUUCCUGAAUUGACAAGAAGAACUAAAUGGUUCACUGAAACCAAACCACUGGAAGUCAAUGACAUCGUAGUGAUUUCUGAUAAUAAUCUUCCGCGCAACUGUUGGCCCAAGGGACGAAUAAUUUCAACGAAGGUAGCAGCUGACGGUCAAGUCAGACAGGCAACAGUUCAAACCAGCACAGGAAUAUAUGAGAGACCCGCAGUUAAACUUGCAGUUAUCGACGUACGCGUAGGAAGUAAUACGUCUCCGUAA